AUGACUAGCAUAUCAAGGGGUUUGCAUUACGUGUUCAGUUCCGAUGGCCUCUCAAAGUAUCUACAGGUCCGUCAGGCUACGGGUGAGGACGACAUUGACCCCAAAUACCAGGAGCUCAUCUUCGAUUCUCUCCAAAAAGGGCGCUUCCUAGGUGUCGGUCUCAUCGCCUGCAUGUCUGCCAUCGCCACUAGCGGUCUAUUAUCCUUUCUCACUUACCGAAUGAUCUACUGGAACAGGUACUACAAGCGACCUCUGGCAGAAAACCAAUAUGUGGUACUGAUUUAUAACCUUCUUCUGGCCGACGUCCAACAAGCAGUCGGCUUUUUGAUAUGUCUUGUCUGGGUCUCCGCCGGGAAGUCACAGUAUCACAGGACGGCAUGCUACUUGCAGGGCUGGUUGAUCCAAACUGCUGACGCUGGUAGUGGUCUAUUCGUGUUAGCCAUUGCUAUCCACACCGCCGCUGUUGUCAUUCGUGGCCGACAACUUCCAAACAGGAUUUUCUGUGGUGUCAUCAUUGCACUAUGGUGCUUCAUUCUGGUUCUAGGCUUCAUACCUGUGGGGUUGUAUGGGAAAAAUGUCUUUCUUGUUACUGAAGCAGGCUGGUGCUGGCUUAGUCCCGAAUAUGAACAUGAACGACUAUGGGGGCAUUAUUUCUGGAUAUUUCUCGCUGAAUUUGGGACCAUUAUUCUCUACACUAUCAUGUUUAUCUACCUACGCCGUCGUAUGAAGAAAAACUCGGCUGCUCUUCACAACCAGCAAGAAUCUCUUCGCCGUCUCAACCGCGUCGUCACUUACAUGGUGAUCUAUCCUUUGGCUUAUGUCAUGCUCUCGCUGCCCCUCGCCGCAGGCCGCAUGUCUGUUACCCGUAACAUAGUUCCUAGCAAAACGUAUUUUGCUGUCUCCGGUGCCUUUAUGGCAUUAUCUGGCCUCGUUGACGUGACCGUUUACACCAUCACCCGUCGCCACCUCUUACUAGUUAGUGAUUCUAGCAUGGCUUAUAACUCCAACUCCUAUCAGCGGAAAGGAUCCCACGUACCUGGAACAACAGUUUCGACAACAAUCGCUGCAAAUGACAGCUACAACGGAAGCAGAAGCAAGCGAUCGAAGUUUGGUUCUCGCUUUCGGACCCAAGAGUCUCAUCAAAUGGUAACAAUUGAUUCUUUGGGAGACCGUGAUGGGUCGACAGAUGAUAUUGUGGUUAAAGCGGACAAGGGGACUGAGCUGAUGCAGCACGCGGUGUACCAAGAAACGACAAUUGAAAUUACCCAUGAGCCUGCUGGUGAGAGAUCAUUGGAGUCUUCACCCACGGUGAGACCUAUGAGAAUGCAAGGGCAGAAGAAGAGAAACAGCGGGGCAUUUGAUUCUUGA